CCUCCCAGCCCUUAGUCGCUCAUUUCAAAAGAAGAAGGGUGGUUAAAAAGAAAUACUCCAUUCAGUCGGAGAAGGUGGAGAAAGAGGAACAGCAGUAGAGAGGAGCGGGAAGUUAAACCCUACACAGUUGACAGUGCUCAUAGUAGCCAAGGAAAGAGACAAGAAAUAGGAGAGAGAAAAAUGGAGAGAAAGUUGGCGACAUUGGAGCGAGGAACAGUUUGCUCAGCUUGGAAUUACAGCGCUCAAAGAUUAGCUUCUGCUUCCAUUAAUGGCUACCUCUCUAUCUUCGAUUCUCCUGAUCCUGCUUCUUCCUCUUCAUUCUCUCCUUCCUCCUCGUUUCAGGUACAUAAUGGUAGUGUUGUGAAGGUGGUAUGGGUUCCUCCAGAGUACGGAGACGCUGUCGCCUGUCUUUUGGAUGAUGGUACUUUGUCAUUGUGGGAAGAAGUUGCAGAAGAUGGGAAAUCUCUUCAGUGGAAACUCUGUACCAAGUUUCAGAAUAAAAGUGCUCGUGUGCUGGAUGUUCAAUUUGGAGGCUCUUCAACUUGUUUGAAGUUGGUUGCUGCAUAUUCAGAUGGGUAUGUCAAGGUGUUUGAGCUCCAGAAUCCCUUAGAAUUGAACACUUGGCAACUUCAGGCCGAAUUCCAAAAUGUCAUCGAUUCAAUAUCUAAAUUUGCGAAAGUUUCAUGCGUAUCAGCAUCCAUUUCUUGGAUUCCACAAAGAGGUGAAAGCCAGCAGUUGAGCUUUGUUCUAGGGUUCAAUUCAGAUAUUCCAGAGCUCAAUUCUUCCAAGGUCUGGGAGUUUGAUCAAUUGCAUCAAAGGUGGCUUUCUGUUGCCGAGUUGGCAUUACCUGAAAACAGUGGUGAUCCGGUGUAUGCUGUUGCAUGGGCUCCCAAUAUUUGCAGGCCGUAUGAAACAAUAUCUAUCGCUAUUGAGAAGGGUAUAGCAAUAUGGCAUGUUGGUUUGCACCCUGAUGUUGAUGGACAUCUCUCAGUUAAGAAGAUUGCUUUGCUUCCAGGUCACCAGGGAGAGGUAUGGCAAAUGGAAUGGGACAUGAGUGGAAUGACAUUGGCCAGCACUGGGGGUGAUGGGCUGGUCAAGCUUUGGCAGUCUAAUCUGAAUGGUGUCUGGCACGAGCAGGCAAUUUUGGAGCCAACCUCAUAAUCUUGAAAUCGUGCUCUGCAUUACCUGAAGUCCACCUGUAUUUAUAUUGUAAGGUAUCUUAUGAAAUGCAGCCAUGAUUUUUGUAUGUCUGGCCGUACGGUUAACGAAUAUUAGAGCAAUACGUGGACAUCAUGUGUAGAACAUUAGCUUAUGUCAAAUUUCCGAUAAAUUCGAGUGGAUAAUAGGUGGUUUUGGAAACAGGGUAAGGAUUUCCUGUGGUUGAGCUUCGUUUGUACUCCAAUCUUUGAAGAAAUGAUGUGCCUUUUGCAGUUUUGCUCUUUCAAUACAGAAAAAGGAUGAAUUUCGGAA